UGGUAUGAGCCUGAUAGUUGGAAAUUCGCCUGCGUCAUGAUCCCAAGUUUUCGCUGUAGCUGUGAUAAGAAUCAGUGUUGUAGCUAGAAGUAAGAGACUCUGACUACGAUCAGCUGAGAUUGAUGUAUUUCUCGUUUGUGCUGCCCAAGUGGUGGAGCGCGGUGUGGAAGGAUAGAAGAGCCCUUCAGCUGCAUGCACAUCCUGGUAAUCGAUAUGAUUCUAUUACAUGCACCUUCAUAGGGUAUUAGUAGCUGAGGCAAUACAAGGAUUUCUACUACUACUAAACAUCACAUUGAACAACCAGUAACUGUCCACUUCGACCUCUGAAUAUAUACGUUCACCUAUAUCCGAGCACAAUGAAGCCGCCAGCACCAGCACGCCUUCAACAAGUUCAUAUCCCCCUCGAUGGAGGAGGAUACGAGCCUAUAACUUCCUUCGACUCUCAUGAGGCGACAUACAGUCAAGACCAUGAGGCGAUCCAGGAGAGCCUGUUGCAAUUCUGCUCUGAUAAAUCAUGGAACAACAGCUCAAGAUCAGCCUUUAUGCCUCGGCCUAUUCUUGUUUCCUCAGAGCACCAGCGCCAAUGGAAAGAGCUUAACAAUGCUUUAGUCUCUGCUAUCACUGAUAUCGUGGAGAGGUGGUGGACGGACUCGGUGUCUAGAUUCCCUGAACGGAUGCCUCUGGAUCCUGUGGAGGAGGACCUUCUUCGUUGGAUUGAUAGCCAAGUUCCAUGCAAGAUACAUCCGUACCGAAAGUGCCGCGGCUCGUGGAGACCGGAUUUUCUAAUUGAAGAAGACAAUGAAGUGGCAUCUGGUUCUAUAGAGAACUUUCGAAUCAGUGAAAUAAAUGCUCGGUUUUGUUUCAACGGACUGAUGUAUGCAGCUUGCGGGCAACAGGCAUUGGAGGAGCAGGGUAUUGCUGAUGGAAGUAUUGGCUUUAUCGGAGCGACAGACCCCGCAGAAAUGAUAGGCGGUAUAAUGAGUCUGUUCGAUCACAACUUGCCAUUGCAUCUUCUCAAAGGUGAUGAACAUGGGAUUGACAUCCACAUGGUUGUGGAAUUGCUCAGAACGCGCUUUGGAAUCAGCUCUCGCUUCGUGCUACCUAAUGAUCUCAGACUUGUGCCGAAUCCAGAAGACAAGGAUGAAUACAGACUCUGCUGCGUGGUUAGGGAAGGCGAAUCUCAGGAAACUGAGCGCUUAUCGUCACUGAUCUAUCACAACAGAGAGAUCCUGGAGGAGAUCCAUCAAGUCGGUCUUGAGCUGCACCAGCGAGAACUUCGCGCUCUGAGUCCAGAAAUGCUCCAUCAAAUCAGCCUCAGAUGCUUCAAUGACAUGCGCACAAUUCUGCUGGUGCAUGACAAACGGAUGUUGGGAAUUGUUAGACAGGAACUUGAAUCACUGAUAGAAAGAAACAUUAUUACACCCGCACAGGCCAAGACCCUCAACAAAGGCAUUACUGAGACACUACUGCCUGGCUCAUCGGAGCUCGACCGGUUUAUUGGAUACUGCAAGGAUAGUCCCGAGCUAAAGAAAGAGUAUAUUUUGAAACCAAUUCGAGGUGGAAAAGGAGAAGGGAUUUUGUUUGGCGAAGACCUUGACGCUGCGGAUUGGGUGUCAAGAUUGGAGGAUUUGCGCCCCCCCAUCCUGGUUCCUGGAACAUGCAUUGUCCAGCGCAGAGUCAAUCAAGCUCGGUACGAUGUGGUAUUGAAUUCGGAGGGAGAAUUGGCUAGAUAUCCUCUCGUUGGGACGUAUCAUUCGAUUCAGGGUGAGUUUCUUGGUGUUGGUGUGUGGAGGUGUAGUCCGCAGAGAAUCUGUGCUAUAAGCCAAGGAGGAGCGUGGACGUGCUCUGUAAUUAACAGUAACUAAUCUCUUUGUUAAUGAAAAUGGUUGUUGACAGUUUAGAGCUAGAAGACUUCUAGAUGGUAUGUGUUUCUUGAAGGGUUGAUAUAUUUGAUGAUAAUAGAGUCCAGGGUACAUAUGAAGCUGA